AUGGAAUACGGAAAUGGAACGCGCAAAGGGCCGCUGCCUGGAGGUCGCCAGGGCGCGUCUGGAGCUGGCGCUGGACGCGACAGUAUGCGAACCGCCAGCCGAGCGCGAGGUGCUGCACGACCACCCAGCAGCUCCUCGCAUCCAUCAUCCCCACCAGCUGGCUUGGUGUCGGCAGGGUCUUCGCGGGCUCAGCAAUCGGCACCCGCCACUGGUGGAGUACGCCGCAUGCGUUGGACAACCCAGAUGAACAGCAACGCAUUGCGGGCGUAUUUUAGGGCGAAGGGUGGAGAAACUGGAGGUUUUGCGUAUCGGGCAAGGAUGCAUCGACUUUUUGCUGAGCUGAAGCCAUCUGUAACCGUCACCGAGCAAAACCUGGCAGACCGAGUUCGGUAUAUCUUGCGCUCAAAUACAUUUGAUGUCACCGUACUCGAACGGCUACGACGUGAGGCUGUUCCUUCAUCGGGUGAAAAUGCUGCGGCUGAGGAUGCGGCGCCACAACUUGCCGAGCAAACGGCAAAUGUGGAUGCCGCCGUGAAUACGCCAGUUGUGGUUGAUUCAAACGAUGAUGGAACAGUCGCCCAGGAACUGGAACUAGAGCAAAUGAGGAGUACAUUGGAAGAGGCGAUUGUGGAAACGCGCAGUACGACUCUCGAAAAUCGACCGCGACUUCCCCGCUUAGCCCUAAGCAAGCGGAAUCGGGCUGUCGUGAGGGCUCUGAACCCAAUGCUGGUUACCUAUUUGGAAGCCAGCCGGGACCUUUGCGCGACGGACUCAAUUCUUUUUGGCGCCGCACUGGCAGUCUGCCGUAUUAUAGGUGCCAAACUUUCCACGGCUGGACGCGCUACUGGACAAAGUAGUGCUAUCCCAGCCUGGAGAAUAAGAAUUGAAGAACGUAUCGCAAAGGCUAGGGCCCUCAUCGGCAGACUGAUAUGCUUCAGGUCAGGCAAUACCAGGCCAAGGAUUGUGCGCACCGUCAGGAUGGCGUUUGCUGGGACAAAUGUUAGUUUGUCCCAGCCGGAUAUAAUGCAAAAACUGACGGAGCGCAUAGACGACCUGAAGCAAAGAAUAGCUGCUUGGGGAAAGCGGAUUCGGCGAUAUACCGAGAGGUCGACACGGUUCAACCAGAAUCGUCUCUUCCAGAGUGAUCAGAAGAGGCUCUAUAAAUCAUUGGAGCGACCAAUAGUAAGUGGAACGGGCCCUGCACCAAAUCAGGCCGACAUGGUCGCAUUCUGGCGCAGCCUGUGGUCAGAGCCCGUAAAUCACAACGAGGGCCCUUGGACGGAAGUUGUGGCGAGUCAGUGUGCGAGUAUUACGCCCAUGGACCCCGUCAUCAUAACGCCGGAUGACGUAGCUGAGGCGGUCCGUAGGGCCCCGAACUGGAAAAGUCCGGGGCUUGACGGGCUGCAUCACUACUGGCUGAAGGGGUUCAUGGUGUGUCACUCUGUGCUCGCCCGACAGUUUCAAGAGGCUCUCAACCAGAAGUCGCUCCCAAGCCUCUUCACUACUGGGAUCACUCAUUUGGUUCCAAAAGAUCAGGGCGCCACAGACCCGAGCAAAUACCGCCCCAUCACAACCCAACCAGAUGAGAAAACUAUAUAG